AUGUCCAAAAUCCUUGCUGUCUUCGGCGCCACUGGCCAGCAAGGAGGUUCCAUUGUCAACUUCGUCCUCAACGACUCGGAACUGUCGAAGCAGUACAGAGUUCGUGGUGUAACUCGUGACGCAUCGUCCGCGUCCGCAGAAGCACUCAAACGAAAAGGGGUCGAGGUGGUCUCAGGCGAUGUGACGAAGCCAUCCAGUCUCACGAGCGCACUACAUGGCGUGCACACCGUUUUUGCUCUCACAGCUCCAUCAUUCGGUCCAGACUCACGAGCCCGCGAGUAUGACACAGGCAAAGCCAUCGCCGAUGCUGCGGUCGCCGCCGGUGCAACCUAUAUCAUCCUGUCGACCUUGCCCAAUGUAAGCGUUGUCUCCGGCGGCAAGUACAAGAAAGUCACCGGCUUCGAUGCCAAAGCCGAUGUGGAAGACUAUAUCAAGACACUUCCGAUCAAAUCUGCCUUUUUCGCACCGGGAAGCUUCAUGCAAAACUGGCAAUCUCUCAGGGGAGUCCAUCCGUCUGGCACACCGGGCGAAUUUGUUGUGUCGCGACACGUCGGUCCUGGGUCUAAAUUGCCAUUGAUCGACAUAGUCGGCGACACGGGCAAAUUUGUCGGAGCCAUCCUGGCCGAGCCAGAUAAGUACGAGGGCAAGACAUUCUGCGCGGCCACAAAGCUCUACGGCAUGGCUGAAAUGUGCGAGAUCAUGAGCAAGCAGUUCGGAAAGACGGUCAAGUACGUGCAGGUGUCCGCGGAGCAGCAUCAAGCCGUCUUGGCUGGAGCCGUGGGCGACUACGCCGAAGCACUGAUUGAGAUGAUGUCUUACCAAGAGGAGUUCGGCUACUAUGGCCCCAAGACGGAGGAACUGGUACAAUGGGCUGCAGAGCAUGCACGGGGGCAAGUCACCACCUUUGAGGAGUAUCUCGAGAAGAAUCCCAUUGCGGCACUGCAAUGA